AUGUCUGCCCCUAAAGGACCUUUCCGCCUUGUCACUGUCAACACUGCUCCCGAUAGAGCCAGGCGGCUUAUCGGGCGGGUGGUCGAGGCUCUUAAGGACCGGUAUACCAUCAUCCACGAGGCAAACUGCGAAACAAUCGAGGAAGUCGGACCCAAGGUGGAGGCACUGAUGCCUGAUGUUCUGGUAGGAAUCCCUGUCGUUUUGAGUCCCUUCAGUGCUUCUAUGUGGACCGAUGAGCAGGCGCAUCUGAUUCACUCCAUUGCGAGAGGAAUCAAACCUGACAUUAAGACCCACGCCAUCCCCGAAGGAUUGCAAGUAGAGCGGGGUCCUGACGCUAUCGUUGAUUAUCUCUGCGAGAAGGUUCCACCUCUUUUGGAUGCUUAA